AUGGAGCGUAAUCCUUUACAUUUCACGUAUGUCAUGAACGGAAGUGAAUUAAAACGUACCAGCUCUGUCAAAGAUCUGGGUGUUACACUUAACAGCAAGUUAAUGUUCGAUGAGCACAUCAGCACAAUAACGUCUAAAGCAUAUGCUGUGCUUGGUUUUAUUCGACGAAACGCUUCGGAUUUCAGCGAUACCUACGCUUUAAAAACGCUCUACUGCUCUCUAGUCCGCAGUAUUUUGGAAUAUGCCGCACCAGUGUGGACGCCGUACCAAACAGGACAGAUUAAAAAAAUUGAAAGCGUCCAACGUUCUUUUAUCCGUUUUGCUCUGCGUCGCUUGCCGUGGCAGGAUCCUCUACGGCUUCCAGCUUACGAAAAUAGAUGUCGUUUGAUAAAACUGAAUACGCUUACCGAAAGAAGACGAACAUCUCAGAUACUAGUCAUAUACGACCUUUUAAUGGGAAAUAUCGACAAUAAUUAUCUCCUGGAAGAAAUCAAUAUUCAUGUGCCCCGUCGGACUCUCCGGUAUCGAACGCUGCUUUGGACUCCGGUUCAUCGAACCCAAUACGGACAAAAUAGUCCCUUACAUUUAUGCUGUAGACUGUUUAAUGAGGUGAAUCAUGUGUUCGACUUUCAUGUUAGUAAAUCUAGUUUUAAGAAAUUGCUAUUUGGAUGUCAAUUUUUCGUUCGAGCUGAUGAUUUGCUGGAUUCCGAAGAACCUCCAGAAGGAUAUUAUGCCUUCAUAGAAUCACCAUCGGCUGUUCCACCAAAAGUACGUUCACCACCAUACACCCAUAUCAACAUUGAUUGUAAGGAUGCUAGCAACCCAAAGCCUUACGUUUCUGCUAACAAUCUUUGCGGUGAUUUAAAUAAAGGCAAAAUUCCUCGGAAUCCUAUGAGACAGAGUGUACUAGGUGAGCCUUAUCCAUUUGAGCUUAUUAGAAAUCAGACGCUAAGGUUUCUAUCGAAAACUCUACCAGUUCUGAAAGCCGACGACACGCUUCCAAAAGUAACCCAGAUCUUGCCGGAUGAUCCUGUAGAUCAGUUUGAUAAUAAUGGUAUCGGUCGUCGAAUGGGAAAAAGCAUAAAGGAUGAAGAAGAACCUCGCAUUGCUAGAAAGUUCUGUGACGGAGGUGGAGUCUUCUGUGCAUUAUAUCGAGCUAUUCAAGGAGAGCCUAUUAGCAGCAAAUUAGUUGCCGAGCGUCGAGAGGAAAUUUCUAGUGCUUAUCCUCCUCCACCACGAUACGAAGGCCCCCCAACUCCUUGUCCUGCAAAGGUUGAGUAUGCUACGCCAGUCUUUGCGAAAAAUUACCAGGGAUCUUGGCGAUAUGUAGUCCAAAUUCCAUAUGAAGGAUAUUUCACGCAAACUGUAGAGGUUACCCGCUGUUUACAAGCACGUUGUCAUUAUUUGGACGGUGGUUGCUUAUCUUCCCCACGUUGGGUUAGUUUACUCGUUGCCGAAAUUUUUUAUCCUAAUGCCGAAGAACAUGCAACUUCUACGUCAACGACUACCGCUCCUUCAGUACAGGACUUCCAGGCAUAUCAACAAUACUUGCAGAAACGAGCAGGUUUACCAACAGCCUCAGAUGGGGCUUCAUAUGAAAAUACUAGUAAUCAUGCUACCCGCAAACAAGAUCAGCACUGCGACGGCCAUGAUGAAAUCGGUUGUUUCCAAGUUCGAUUGUAUUACGAUUGGUUCCUGAUACCUGGCUCGUGUAAAUGUUGGCGGCCCGACUACUUUGCAAAAUACGUGAGAAAACGACCAACACCGGAGUUAUAG